AGCAUUUAGAUUAGUUACACGGUUUUUAGCUCACAAUCCUGCUUAUGAUCACUUUACAAUUUUAAGUUUUCAUCGUGGAAUUUGGUAUCAACAAAAUCAACAAGGAUUUCAUGCUCAUUUAUGUGUACCAUAUGAACCAUACCGGGAUGAAGCACGAAUAAAGGUGUUACAGAGAGGUUGGAAUUUUUCAAAUGCAUAUGAACAUGCUAUGGUGAAACAGUAUGAAGAACGUAAAUCUGAUUUUGCUAAAUAUAAAAAGCAAUGUAUUGAAGAUGGAAAAAAUGGUGAAUUGACUGAUGAUUUUGUAACCAAUGUUCGAUUAAAAAUGUUAGAAACAACUGAUUAUGGUCUUAUUUGGUGUUGUCCCACUCCACGUAUCGGUGUCUUUCUAAAAUCAAAAACAACAAAACCAAGUUUACAUCAUUUCUAUAGUUUUCUAUCAAAAAUGUAUGAACAAGCCGAAAGUCAAUUGAAAUGUUGGAAUAACCAGUAUGAGCAAUUUGGUUGUCAUUUAUGUUUAUUUGUCAGUGGUCAGAAACAAUCAGCAAAAGUUACUGAACAGAUCUAUCAUGGAUUUCAUCAAAAUGGUGAAUUACGAUGUGUUCAAAUUGUCGGCUAUCUUCAAAUGGAAGAAACUCAAUAUUUUCGAUGGUUACCGGAUACAUUGAAAAGUUUUUGGCUAACAGAAUUUGAAAAGUUCGAUCAUUUUGUUAAAACAUAA